GGAGAGGAGAGGAGAGGAGAGGAGAGGAGAGAGAGGAGAGGAGAGUGUCCCUGGCUUCGUCCAGGCUGGAUUCCCGCGGCACCUCACCAUGCCUCGCUGUGCCUAGCUUCCACAUGGAACACAGCAACUUCUACGAGGUGGAGCCGUACCAGCAGCCGCCGGCCUUCGCCUACCGGGACCCGGGCGAGCUGCCAGACAUCUGUGACCACGAGAACUCCAUCGACAUCAGCGCCUACAUCGACCCGGCCGCCUUCAACGAUGAGUUCCUGGCCGACCUCUUCCAUAGCAAUCACCAGCAACUGGCCAAGCUGGGGCACUGCCAGGACAAGGGCAGGGCGGCCGGCGAGCUGCCCGCCCCUCACCCCGCCUUCGCCUACCGGGAGAGCAAGCUGCAGCCGCUGCUCGGCCGCCCGGCAUCCCUGCGCUCGGUGGUGGUGAAGCAGGAGCCGCCCGAGCGACAGGAGAGGCUCCGGAGCCCGGCCCAGUGCGCCCACCUCCAGUACCAGGUGUCUCAUUGUGCCCAGACCAGCGUCCACCUGCAGCCCGGACAGCCCACGCCGCCGCCCACACCCGUGCCCAGCCCGCUGCCCGCACACAAGGGCAGUCCCGGCGCCAAGGGGAAGAAGUCGGCGGACAAGAACAGCCUGGAGUACCGGCUGAGGAGGGAGCGCAAUAACAUCGCGGUGCGCAAGAGCCGGGACAAGGCCAAACUGCGCAAUGUGGAGAUCCAGCACAAGGUGAUGGAGCUGGCGGGCGACAACGAACGGCUCCGCGGCCGCGUCCAGGAGCUGAGCCGGGAGCUCGACACUCUGCGGGGGCUCUUCCGACAGCUGCCCGAGGCGGCUCUGGUGAAAGCCAUGGGAGGCUGCGCCUGAGCCCCGGGGGACGGGGUCUGGGCAGCGGGAAGCCCAGACCGCCCGCAACGCCUGACACGCGGGGGUCGCAGGGGGCAGCUAUGGGACAGUACGAGCGGCCAUUUCCCUCUGGACAGUGCCAGUCCCAGACCCCCGGGCCGGACUUUGCCAGCGCUCGGCCCAUCCCCGAGCUGCUAUCCCGCGGGACUUGUAACUCGCUGUGGUUUUCACAGGGUUACUGACUACAGAUUUAUUUUUUUGUAUCAGAUGUUUGUAACUGUUUCCCCCCGGUGGUUCUCGAGCGGAGAGAUCCACUGUGUCAGGGGCGGCUGGCCAGGCUUGCUCCCCGCCCCGUCUCAAGGGCAUUUUAACUACUUUGUACCGGGACUGUUGUAUGAUGACCUUGCAAAUUUUUUUUUGAAAACAUUCAAUAAAUCAAACGCUUGUAUUUAA